AUGGAAAAGUUUGAUGGCUUCGAAUAUACAAAGAAAGAUCUAAUUGGUCAUGGUGCAUUCGCUAUCGUUUAUAAAGGACGAUAUACUGAUCACAAGGAUAUUCCAGUGGCUAUUAAGAGCAUUGCAAAAAAAAGUUUGACUAAAUCGAAAAAUUUGCUCACCAAAGAAAUAAAAAUACUUAAGGAGUUGUCGAAUUUGCAGCAUGAAAAUUUAGUGGCAUUAUUGAAAUGUGUCGAGACGCCGACCAACGUUUUUUUGGUAAUGGAAUAUUGCAAUGCUGGAGAUUUGGGCGACUAUUUGCAAAAUAAAGUAACACUUCCUGAAAUAACCAUCCGGCAUUUUCUUGUUCACAUUUCUCGGGCCAUUGAAGCAAUUAAUAAAAAAGGAAUCGUGCACAGAGAUCUAAAGCCUCAAAAUCUGUUGCUGUGCAAUCCAGGACAGCGACCGAAUCCUCCAGCUACGGAUCUAAUUGUAAAACUUGCUGAUUUUGGCUUUGCACGUUUUCUAGGUGAUGGUCAUAUGGCAGCCACUCUUUGCGGUUCGCCGAUGUAUAUGGCUCCUGAAGUGAUAAUGUCAUUGCAGUAUUGCGCUAAAGCUGAUUUGUGGUCGGUAGGAACAAUUAUUUUUCAAUGCUUGACGGGAAAAGCACCAUUUCAAGCACAAACACCCCAGGCUUUGAAACAAUUUUAUGAACGAAAUAAAGAGCUUCGACCAAACAUUCCAACAUAUUGCAGUCCUUUACUGAAAGAUUUACUGCUUGCUCUGCUGAAAAGAAAUCCGAAAGAUCGCAUUGCAUUCGAGACUUUCUUUUCACACCCAUUUAUCACAACAACAAAACACCACGAUUUGGCUGUCUUACCACAGCUCGUAUCUUCGCCAUCUCAUCGGCCUGCAGUACCUGCUGUAACAUCACCAACUGUUGCCGGGCGUACCGUUACCAAUUCAAAAUUGAGUUCACCUCAUCCUAUCAGCUCGCGGCACAACACCUUUCCGACACCAAGCCAGACAGGAUUUGUCUCCGAUUCUGACGACUUCACAUUCCUACCAUCAAUGCAUGGCACCCAAAUUCCCCUUGCAAACAGUCGGUCAAAAACGCAUUCUCCUCUUGUUUCUCGGAGACUAUUCUCUGCAGCUACUUCAAAUAUUGAUUCAUAUUCAGGAAAUCCUGUCAAACAGAUUAAGAUUUUUAAUGCUGCAUCUAAUGCACGUGCUGUACCGGUGCCAAGCCAGAGGCUGGCAUACGCAAAAAUGGAAGAAAGGCGAAAUGGUUCUACACAUCAUAAUCAUUUUGCAAGCAUUCAGCGGUGUAGUGCGCGAAGUGUGAGUGGUGGUACUGCUACCGUUGUUGAACCCAAAGUUCCAUCCAUUGAAUAUAUUAGUUUGCCCACAAACAAGUCUAGCGACUUGCUAGUUUUUAGAUUUUUUGGUGUAUCUCCUGCUGAAGCAAUAAUCUUUUUCGGUUCUUUUAAUUUUUACCGACAGAUUGCUCAACAUCUUUUUCACAAUUUUUUUGUGAAAGAUUCACGGACAUCACAAUACGAUGCAAAUCGAGCACGACAAUAUACCAUUGAUACAGUUGCAACGACUUCUAAUGCUAGCUUAUCACCAGAAUUAACUCCUUCUGCUACUGCUAAUGCUACCAGCGGAGGCUGCAAUCGAAAAAUUCUGGAACCAGUUUUGGAAGUGGACGCUGUGAACGUUGUUCACACUACCCCUAAGGAUGAAAGAGGAAUGAACAAGGAAAAAGCAGAAGUAGGACGAAAUAGUAGUGUGGAAAAUAUUCGAUCUUUUAUGGAAGAAGAUGUGGGAAGACCGAGUUCACCACAACCCUCACCAAUACCUCCAGUGGAUAAUUUAAAAUAUCUUUCGGUAUCACCACCGCGAUCUUGUGCAUCGCUUACUGUUCGUGUUACUCCGCGAGCUGCCAAUGAAAUUUCCACGAGUAGCAGUCUGAGUGAGGAAGAAGAGGACGCUGAGCUGAGCCAGCCAAUCCAUCUUCCAUUUGCAUCCAAUUUAUCUUCUCGUUCGCAGUUCAUGGAAAGCGAAACAGCAGAUGAAGGAAUCUGUACGGGCACUCAGGUCGCCGAGAAUACGUCAAAUACGAAUGCAUCAGCACCAAACUGUCAGAAUACUCUUCCCUCAUUAAAUGAUAUCCCACCAUCGUUGGAGCAGGAAACUCUUAUGGGGGCAGAACAUGUUCAAGUGCUAGCGAAGCUGCGAUUUGUACUUGAGUUAGUUGAGACACUUGUUAAUGUUGCUGAAGACAGGGGAAAUCUUGUAUCCCUUUCGAUGCCACCACGGAAGAAAAAAGAACGAUCAGAUGCAUAUCGCCGAGCAGAGCAACUAGUUGUAUAUGUGAGAGCGCUUCAUAUGCUUUCGUCAGCUCUUCUUCUUGCGCAGAAACAAGUCGCGUCAGAAACCUUGCAUCCAUCGCCAGCUGUACAGCAUGUACUAAACCAGCUUAAUGAUAAAUACCACCAGUGUCUGAUACGAUCACAGGAGUUAGCAUCUCUUGGGUUACCAGGUCCUGAUCCUGCUAUGGCAGUAAUAUCAGCCGAGCGGAUUAUGUACAAACAUGCCAUUCAACUUUGCCAAAGUGCUGCUUUAGAUGAACUUUUUGGCAAUCCACAUCUCUGCUCUCAACGGUACCAGACGGCUUACAUGAUGCUACAUACACUGUCAGAGCAAGUGUCGAACGAAGCAGAUAAACUAGUGCUUUCGAAAUAUAAGAAUGCAGUGGAGAAGCGCCUUAGAAUACUGGAAAAGCAAGGGUUGGUGCAAGCCAUCAGUACAGCUUAG